UGGAUCAGUAAGGAAAAAACGUGUGGUGAGAGAAACAGAGAAUUGAAAAGAAAUAUUUUUCCAAAAGCAUUACCAUAUUUUCACUUGUUCUUCAUUUUCGGUAACCCAAAAUCGUCCCGAUUAUUCACCGAAACACAAAACCGAUUUCAUAUCUUUGAAGUUCGUUGAGUCCAGGUCACAAAUAUCCAAGGUUCAUUUCAUUCCGGCGUCGUUUCACCGAUCAAAAGCGACGUUGAAGUCAGGUACUCACGAAGGCAGCCAACACUGCGUCGGUGACGGUUUCCAGCUUUCGGUCGAUCAUUUGGACGAUCAGAAGUUCAUCCUCUUCACACAAGGUAAUAUUCUUCACUUAUCUUUGAAAUCGGAGCCAGCACUGCGUCGGUGACGGUUUCCAGCUUUCGGUCGAUCAUUUGGACGAUCAGAAGUUCAUCCUCUUCACACAAGGAAACAUGGAUUUUGGACAGAGAAGUGUGAAAAAGUACAAUCUCAUCAAUCCAAAGAUAGAUGAACUAAAGAAACUGGUUUCUUCGAUCGCAGAUCCUAUUGGUUUCAGAGACAGAUAUGGGGCACUUAUAUCUUUAUUGACACUUAGGAUGGAAGAAGGGUUAUUGCAGACAUUAGUACAGUUCUAUGAUCCAGUAUAUCACUGUUUCACAUUCCCAGACUAUCAACUCAUGCCUACAUUGGAAGAGUAUGCCCAGUUGCUUCACAUCCCAGUUGCUGAUACAGUACCUUUCUCUGGUUCAGAAAAGUUACCCGAGCACAGUUCUCUUGCAAAAGUGUUGUACAUGAAGAAGUCAGAAUUCAAGAAUAACUUCACCACCAAAGGAGGACUUCCAGGUUUCACUGCCAAGUUCUUAAUGGGGAAGGUUUCUUAUUUUGCCAGUCAAGGUUGUGAUAUUAUUGUGGAGCAUCUGUUCGCCUUGUUGAUCUACGGUUUGUUACUAUUUCCUAAUAUUAAAGGUUUUGUGGAUUCAUAUGCUAUACGCAUCUUCCUAAGUGGUAAUCCUGUUCCAACUUUGCUCGGAGACACCUAUCAUUCCAUCCAUUACCGUACUUUGAAAGGAGGAGGAACCAUAGUCUGCUGUAUACCGUUACUCUACAAAUGGUUUGUCUCUCAUCUUCCUAAGUCAGCUACUUUUUGGGAUCGCAAGUCAGGACUUCAGUGGUCACAGAGGAUUAUGUCUCUUACCCAGUCAGAUAUUGCAUGGUAUAGUAGAGUUUUAGACGAUGUGAAGAUCAUUGAUAGUUGCGGGGAGUUCCCCAAUGUGCCCCUCAUGGGCACAAAGGGAAUCAUUUCUUAUAAUCCAGUACUUGCUAGGAGACAACUCGGUUACCCUAUGAAGGACAAGCCUCCUAACAUUCUUUUAGAAGGUAUUUUCUUGAGGGAUAACGAGGAGGACCCUACCAUGAAAGAGAGAGUAGUAAGAGCUUGGCAUCGUGUUUGUCGCAAAGGGAGACUUGAAUUGGGUAAGAAAGAUUGUACCUCCUAUGAGCCGUACCUCCAGUGGAUCAGAGCCAGAUCUAUACAGUUGAAAAUGCCAUACCCACAUCAUGAUCCUAUCAAACCCGCUCCGUUGAAGACCCUCUACCUUCCGCUAGAUGACAAAGAAGAACUCCAAGCCACCUUGGAGAGGGUCGAGAAAGAGAGAGAUGCUUGGAAGAUUAAGGCCCAGGUGCUCGAAAUGGAAAAUGAAGAACUUCAGAGACAGUUAAAGGAGCAGAGUGGAGAAGAUCGUGCAGGUAAAUGUCCAAGGGUGCAAGAGGAUUUAUUUUCCUCAGGCACAACAGAUUACUCCCAGAUUCCACAGUCCUCAGGUGCAUGGAAAGGUCUUGUAGACAGUUUGGUGAAGGAGAAAGCUUUUAUGCAGAAGGCCUAUGAAGAAAGAAUUGAGAGACUUGAAGGACAACUCCUACUUGUUUAUGCUCGUCCUGAUGACACAUGUCCUUAAAUGGUUUUC